AUGUCACAACUACGUGCCACCGCCAAGUCGGCUUCCUCCACCUUGCGCGUGCUCUGCUUUGGCAACGAGUGGACCUCGGGAAGGACGCGGCACUCCUUGGGCCUGUGCUCCAUGUUGGAAAAGCAACAGCGAACCUCGUUCCCCGUGCAAUCAGUGGUCUUGGACCCACAGUUUCCCAAACCACCACCCCUGUGCAACAACCUCAAAGACAAGAUCUACCACCCAUACGGCCAAGCACUCAAGACGCGGCUUGAUAUUUGGGCGCAGGAAACCCACCCGGGCACGCAGGUCAAGGUCGAGUGGAAUGGGGAACCGCAGAGCGUUGGAAGCGUCGAGUGGGAUGAGAGGCUCAGGAAAGCUCUGCACGUUGAAGAGAAGUGGGACUGGGUCGUCAUGCUCGGCAGCCCUUAUGGAAGUGCCGACCAACUGGCAGCGAGCCUGCGCUCUCGUGUCGAUCCUAUCCGUCCCAAUCUCAUAAUGGACGCCCUGAGCAGGUCAUGGGCCGCAGCGCUGUCAACUGGCUCCAAGGUGUUGGCCCUCACGAUUCCCGAUCACGACGAGGCUGCCGGCCGGCCGGUACCACACGAGGUCAACUGCAUGAUCAUGGAGACUCGGAUGCGUGGCCUCCACACUUUCAACCUCAACACGGCGAUCCCUUACUACCCCGUCAACACUGUGGCGCACCGCCAGUACUGGUCUGACAAGUCGAACCUCACGCCCGAGGGCUACGACUUGAUGGGGUGGUAUAUCGGCGAGGCACUGGCCGGCAUCAUGGACAACAAGACGCCCGAAUGGAUCGAACAGCUGGCAGUCCGGUUCGAGGUAGAGAACGAGAUCAAGAAGGAGCAACGACUUGCCCAGCAGCAGAAGCAGGAGGAGCUGGACGCCGCUCAGAGUACACAAAGGCAGCAGUCUGUGCGGCGUCCAGCCCCGCGUACACCCGACUGGACCGUGGAGCCCGGCGACCGGUUUGAGGAUGAGAAGGAUAUAAUGGAGGCCGGACGACUUGCCUAUCAGCAGAUGCAGGAGGAGGUCGACGCCGAGAGCGAAAAACACACGCCUAGGGGGGCGAAACAGUCUGUGCGGCGUCCGACUCCGCCUGCAUCCACGCCUGCACCUCGGCGUAAGAGGUUCGGACUCCAGCAGAGGGACGAUGAUGGCGACUUUCGACCUCAGCCGCGUCGCCCCGAGGCGGCGCCUCAGUCCCCUCGUCCAUCGUAUCGGGAGAGGGAAGAGCAGGUCGAGCAGGACGACCAUCGACCUGUUCCGCGGCGCCCCGAAGCUCGACCGGACCAGGUUUACAUGAACAAGGGCUACGAGGACGACUCCGACGCCUACCCACGUCCUCACCGCCGGCCUCAACCCGCUCGCGAGGAGAACCGCCCCCAGCGCAAAUCCUCGUUUUUCCUGCGGGGGAACGACCAGGAGAACCGCGCAUCCCACUCGCCGAGGCGGCAGUUUGGCUUUGCUAGGGAAGACGCCGAAGAGGACUUCAGACCCCAGCGGCCGUAUGUGAGAGGGAAUGACCAGGACGACGAGGACUUCGGAGAGAGGUUUGUGCAGAAGAUGCUGGCUCAAGAGAAGGCACGGGACAUGCUCAAGGCGAUGGACGAUGACUACGAUGAGCUUCGACCUAAAGCGGCCCCAGGCGGGAAGGAGGGCGCCGAGGCUCAUCGCGAGGCCCACCGCAGGUGGAACGUUCGAUAG